GAAUUCAGUCCAACCAUGUCGUACUUUGGGAGGACGGUGACGGUGGUCGACUAUGGAUGUGUGCCGGUGCUGUUGCAAGCGGCGCCAGACGUGCCAAGGGAGGAUGUGGACUGGGUGCUCAGCGCUUUCAACAGCUUCCGCAGCCGCGGGAAGGCACAGCAGCCCAGAAGAUUUCACUGCAUUGAGAGCGGGCGGGAUGCCGCUGCACACCUUGGGGUGUGGGCGUACGUUGUCCUGGGCCGCGCGACACAAUUGUCCAAGCAAGACGUCACGCGUCGAAUGCAGGGCAUGAACAACGCGUUGCUCACACCUCUGCCUCUCCUUCGCCUCUGGGUGGGCCCAUCCAACCCAACGAACACCCAGCGCCCUACCAAUACGUCUCGGCCAUCCGCAGAUCAGGAGGAAAAGGGGCGUGCUUCCAGACAUGCACACUUUGUCGGGUGUGCUCGCACACCAGACACUGAGCAGCUGUCCGAAUUGUUGCAUACGCUGUUUGCCAGACUUGUUCACGACGCGCAAACCCAAAGCCAGGCGUUUCAAGAGCGCCUUGGCGACAUGCUGGUGAAGUCGGAAAAGGAUGGUGAGGUGCACAUGCGACUGGCCAUGGAAAGCAUCCACGCUGCCAGUUUGCACUUUGUGUUGGGCCAGUACGAUGCUGCUGACGCGGCUGCGCACGUUGCUGCCAAGAUCUUUGUGGACGUCAAGGACCACAUCCACAGCGCAAAGGCCUGGGAGCUGAUAGCAGCGUUGCGACACAAGAGAUUGCAGGCCCAACUCACCACGGCCGCACACCAGCACCAACAACCACAAUCAGCCAGCACUGCGACGCCGCAGGACUGCGUGGAGCCGAUGCUUGCGGCGUUACGCAACUACCGGCGACAGGACCUGUCCCUUGGAGAGCAGACAUCGCCCAUGCUGUUCUUCCUGUGUUUUCGCGCCCUCCAUUUCAUCACCCAACACCGCAACCUGGUUUCGCAUGCGUUUCCAUUCCUGUCUGCCGCGAUGGAGCAAGUGUCAGUGGAGCUGACACAUGUCACAGAGCGGACGGCAGCGCGCAUUGUUCAGGACGUGCACGCGGCCCUCGAAAAAUGCCUGCAGGCAGCAGAGGAGUUGUCCCUGCGUCGCAAGGCCGCGUUCAUCGCUUGGCUUCGGGCGACGAUCGAGUUACCAGCAAAGGCCGGCAGCAGCAAGCAGUCGCACCAUCACCAACAGCAUCAUCAACGCCGCCACCGCCGGAAUGACGGCAGCAGCGAUGACUCAUUGCCCGUGUCACCACAGAUGCGGCGUGUGAUGAGUAGCAGUGCCACCAGCACCGCCAGCAGUAGUGGCCGUGACACGACGGUGACACAUGCGGGUGACGAUGGUGAUGUUCGGGUACACACGCCACAGCGGCCGCGCAAGCAGCGACAGACACCACAGCCAGCUGCAGCGCCCCAAGGAAUGGGUGCGCGUGUCGGACAGCACCUUGUCGUUGCCACCAAUCUUGGCCUUCCUUCAUCGGUGGACGACGCAGCAACGCACGUCCACCCUCUGCUGACGCCCCUACAGCUCUACGCGCUUCGUGCAUUACUCGAGACGGCAACGAACGAUCAAGACACCGGUGGUGUGCUGUAUUGCCUUCUUGUGUCGCUUGGCGCAUCCACAGCACGCGUUGCAAACACCAGCAACACCGACACCACGUGGAUGGCCAACAUGGCUCUACAAUGGCUGAGUCAGCACUUCCUUCGUGUCGCCAAUCCCUCGCCCACCAUGUUCAAGAUCUCUGCGCUGCCCUGCCACGCAGGAAACGGGCUGCUUGAGUUCCGGGAUGCAUGCAUUGAGGCCAUACCGGCACCACUGCUCGCCCACCCAGCCCAGCAGCUGUUCAUCCUUGCACCAAAGGAGCGAGAAAAUGCACAGCGCACACUUCGCGUCUCCAGAGACACGCAGCUUAUGGCCAAUGUUUGGCUGCACAACCCGUGGGAUGUUUCUCUUCACAUCACCUCCUUUGGCCUUCGCUGUACGAGUGGAUGGGAGAUGGCAGCAACCGACCUUCCCUUCACCAUCCAGCCUCACACGAGUGUGCAAGUGUGCUGUCGCAACCACCCAUCAGCCGGCGGCCCCGGUGUGCUGUCCAUGGCACAUCUCGUCAUCAACAACAUUGAUAUGGUGGUUGCCCCACGUGCACUGCGGUCACUGCUCGUGGACGUCUGCGAACCUCUACCGCUCCUUUCGCAUCACAUCGUGGAAGCGAACACGCCAGACAACGACGACCCCACCUCCAUCACCCUCACAACGCCCCUGGACAAGUUGGGCCAUCGCUUCCGUGUUGUCUUCCAGAACACGAGCCAGCUUGACGUUGAUGACUUUCAUGUGGAUUGCGACGAUGUCAACAUUGCCUUUCUCUCCACCGUGGCAGGGUUGUCAUUUGUGCAUGGCCAGCUUCCAAUUCAACCGGGGCAAUGCGUGGUGGUGGACGUGCACGUGCGCGCGCGAAACGCUGAACAGCAGCAGAAGCGAGGAUCACGUCCUUCGAACACCUCUGUGACAACACUUAAAAUCAAGUAUGGGCAGAAGACAUCGCAAUUCCGCAGACACGUGAACUUGCGCGUGCAUGCGACACACGGCAUCACGCACACACCGGCACUGGUUCGCGUGUCGAGUGCAAUCGAGGAACCGGAUGGUGCUGCACACGAUGGAGGCAGCGACCGCAGGGCCAGACGGCUCGUGUUGCACGUGACAAAUCCCACAACAGCCCCAAUAUGCACCAUUUGGGCAGGUGGCAGUGGUGCAUCGGAAAUCGAGACGGCGAUUGUCGCGCCCACCAACAACAACAACAACAACACCACCACCACCACCACCACCACCACCACCACGACAGCCGCUAACACGACAACCACCUGUUGUCACAGCAUGACCGUCACGUCAAUCUUGGUUCCUCAACGCCUCCCACAACAAGCCUUUCUCAAAAGCAUACGUGAUCGGUUGCGCUGGUGCCCCACAGAUGCAGCGAGGGGCGGCGACAGCAGCGGUAGUUCGCGCCCGUUCAACACGCAGCACACCAUCGUCGAUGAGGAUGUGUUCCGUGAGCAGAGCAAGCGCGGCAGUGGCGCAGGCGGCGACGAACGCACGGCCUCAGAUAGAGAUGACGCUACUGCGUCAGUUGACAUCAGCAGCAUUACUCGUGUCUCGUGCAAACAGCUGACGAUUACUGGCACUGUUGUCCGCGGCGUUGCGUCUCAGCAUGCGUUCGACCAUGCAACGCCUGAUGCUCCCCUCACCCUGGACCUUUCAUCAUCGCAUGCACCGUCACGGGUCGUUGUCAGCGGAACAACGCGCCUGGUGUUGUCCUCAACACAACAGCGGGCGCAAUUCUGUGUCCACUUUACAUCCCUGGCGCAUACGCAAGGAAACCUGGACGGUGUUGGUGAACAGCACGCGUGCCACUGCUCAGGCGAAGCAUCAGACUCGUGCACGUCCGCUGGCGGCUCUGGGGGACGAACACGGGCGUGUGGGUUGCCCUGCCACCUCGCUCUUAUCGUGUCAAAGAUCAGGGAUGGCAACAAGGCGCAUGAACAACAUGCAGUGGUGAUGGACACACGCAAGAUUAACGCGUAACCAGAGAGUGGGUGUUCCUGUAUUCACCAUGCGUGGUUCAUGAAGGGACUGCUGGCUCCCUCAUGUGAUGUGCCUUUGACCCGCUGACACUUUGUCUCUCGUUGACGUUUGAUCGAUCGUUUAUGAGCGUGAUGCUUGUUGAGUUGUGGCACUAUUGCCAAGGCACGGCCAAGGUUUUUUUUUUUCUUUUUUUUUUUGGGGGGGGGGG